UCUAAGUCAAUUUUAGAACAAGAAGAAUUCUGAAUAAAAUGGAUAGAUUGCCGAAUAUAAUUGAAUUGGAUGACUCUGAUCCAGAAUUACCAGACCAACCUUCAACUUCUCAUGAUAGAGAAGAUCUCACAACAUCUCAAAAUGCUUCACAAGCACUAAGUUUACCUGGCACAAGUCAAGCUUUAGAUCAAAAUCUUGCUCGAGGUCUGGAUUACCUGAUAGAAAAAUCCCGUAAGCGUGGAGCUGUGAUAGCUAACACCGUGGUUUUUAAUCAAAACCAAGGGGAUAAAAUAAAAACGGACUGCUACUUUUCUAAAAGUUCUGACAUCUCAGUCCAAAAGGGUGAUAAAAAGAAAAAACGUGAUGAUUCCUCAUCUGAGGAAGAUGCUCCUUCUACAUGUUCAAAUGGAAACAACCCAAUUCCAGGUUCAAUUCGUUUGACUGAUACACUCUACAUGCUUCAUUACGAGUCCAUUUCCAAGCUUGGAAAUGUUAAUAAGGGUGUGAAGAUUUAUGGAAAGUCUGGUCAAUGUGAUAUUGCCGUGAAAUCCUUGAAGUACAGCGAGGAUAAUGAGAGGGAAGCAAGAAUUCUGGUCAAAAUCAGCCCUCACCAGAACGUCGCCAACAUUAUAGAUUCUGGUAUUUAUCACCUUGGCCCAGUCAAGCAUAUUUUCAUUGCCAUGGAACUAUGUGGCCCCGACAAUUUGACUAACUUCAUAAAAGGUUCAAAACGAACCAAAAGAAUCAAGCAGAUACUCAUCCAACAACUUGUAAAUGGCAUUGCCCACAUCCAUAGGAAUAAUGUCAUACAUCGUGAUUUGAAACCUGAUAAUAUCUUGGUAUCAGAUGAUGGAACGCAAUUAAAAGUGAUAGAUUUUGGUUUAAGCAAAGAAAUGAAACCUGGUCAUUCUGUCACCAAAGCCAGCGCUUUGGGCAUUGGUACAGAUGGAUGGAGAGCCCCAGAGACAUACAAUGACAAUAUCAUAUCCAAACAAGCCGACGUAUUCUCACUGGCCCUUGUGAUACAUUUCAUUGAGACUGAUGGGAGUCACCCAUUUGGUGAUAACCCUUUUGGAUGGAGUUACCUUAUAAUGCAAAAUCAAGGUUGUGACCUGAGCAAACUUGGAAGUGAGAUAAGGGAUUUAGUAGGCUGGAUGCUUCAUCGAAUUCCAAAAGAGCGACCUACUUUGGAUCAAAUCCAACUGCAUAAAUACUUUGGUGGGGAACUGGUUUGCCCAUUUCCUAACCUAUGCUUCAAGCAACCUCAGAGUGUGGAAGAACUAAAACGACAAAAAGAUGAAGCAGAGAAAGAAAAGCAAGAAUUGAAACGAAGCAGACAACAAUUAGAGAAGAUGAUGCAUCAACAAUCUCAAGAAAUGGAACAAACAAAGAAAGAAAAUAAGGAAUUGAGACAAAAGAUAAUAGAAUCUCAGUCUUCAAGUCAAGCUAGCUCAUCUGGUCUUAGAAUCAUCAACCAACAACCACCUGAUGGAAGAAUGUCAGUGGAAGAGUUGGAUGAACCACUGCCAGGAUAUGGACUGAUGGGCACUCUUGUCAUCACCUACUCAUUCCCUGCUGGAAGUCUGAAUGGUGUUUCAUAUGAGGCAAAGGAAUUCACUGAAUAUUUUCCUGAAUGGCCUGUCUGUGAGAAGUUACUGAGGAAAGCAUUCAAUGCAGGAUUGCUCUUCAAGAUUCAGAUAAUUGGAAGCAGCAGAGGAGAGAUAAUAUGGAAUGAUGAAAUUCCUCAUAAGACUAACAAACAUGGAGGUCCAGAUAACAAUGGAUAUCCUGACGAUGACCAUGAGAUUAAUCUUUGGCAUGCAAUGAUAGCAAAAUUAAAGGCAGCAGGAAUUGAAUUACUAACAGUAGAUGAUCAACAAUGGACGUUCAACACUAUCCGGACAAUACUAUAUUAAAACUCAUUCAUUGAUUUUGUAGUGUCAUUAUCAAGCCAUUUAUAAAUAUUAUAAAGUUUGGUGAACUGCAAUAUCAGUCUGAUUGACUCAGAUAUCUUUAAAGGACAUUUUUUAUAUCUCAAGGCAAUUUUCAAGAUAAAACAGCAAACUUUGGGAGUACAGUGGUAAAAAAUAAAUUUCUGUCAACACCAGAACAGACCCUAAAUUGCCUGAACGGGCUGGAAAAUCCAUCUAAACCUACCGGAACUACUUGUAGCUAUCUUGUAAAACUUGUGUAGGAAUUGAAAGUCUGCGGAAUCAGAUACUUACAGUACAUAAUCAACAAUCGACCUUGAACACUUCGUAGACAAUUUAAUAUUAGAACCCCUUCAUUGAUUUUAUAGUGUCAAUAUCAAGCAUUUUAUCAGGCCACUUACAAAAUAUUAUAUAGUUCAAUGAACAGCAAUAUCAGUCAGACUCGUCCUUGUGUGUUUAAAUCAAACUUUAUUCUGUCAAUUUGAGAAUGAUCAAGAAUUGUAUGUGUCAAUAUUUUUCUAAUAUGCUAAUUGGCCGAGUUUUCAAAACCUACAAUUUAUCUUUUCUCAAUUUUCCAUCGAUUUUGAUCUGUUUUAUCCUUUUAUUAUUAAUCAACUCCAUGAUAAUUAUGCAUAUAUGUAAAUAUUUAAUUGUAUUUCAUCUACUGUAUGAACAAACAUUUAAAUCAGUUCAUCCUUCUACUUCUGGCUAAUUCCAUCCUAAUUACAAGUUUCAGUUGCGUUUUUCAGUAUUUUCUCUCGUACUAGUAUU